AUGAAGGCCUCUAUCAUCUCGAUCAUUUCCCUCGCUGUUGCUGUUGCAGCUUUGCCCCCAUCUGAGACUCUCUACAAGAAGGGUGGUCCCAUGUCUAUCUCGAAGGCUGGUGACCAGUGCCAGGAAGGCAAGGUCUCUUGCUGCGCUCCUGAGGAUCAAAUUGAGGACAAGAGUCUUCUUUCCCUUCUCAAUGGAUUCAACCUGCUCGGAUUCGAUGCCGUGUGCUCCCCCAUCGAAGUUCUGGGACACAUUAACCUGUCUCUCCUCGGUUCCAUCGAUGACGCCAAAGGAAACGUUGAUUGCAAGCACACCCUUGCUUGCUGCACUGGCGCCUCAUGCCACGCUCUUGGCGAGUAA